AUGGCGGAUCUGCCGAGCCUUAACAGUACGACGAGUCUCUCGGACAAUGUGGCGCUGCGCAACUACUACGAUAAUCUGCUGUUCCGCAACAACAGUGGGAAGUCGUUGACGGACCUGGCGCGCAAGGGCGGCGAGGAAGGUGAGCGGGAGGAGCGGCCGCAGAUGGACUUCAUCAACGGGUUCAGGAGCCCGGGCUUUGCGGGGGAUGCGGCCACGAGCGCGAGCUCGCGGCCGGCGACGGCGGGGCCGGGAUCGUACCGCACGGAUGGGCGCGCGGGGAGUGGGCAAGCGUAUGGGUCACUGCUACAUCACAAGCACAUGUUCAGUCUGGGCGUGGGCUACGAGCCUGGGACGGAGGCAGCGAGCGCGCCUCCGUCGCUAGGGCAGCUGCAGUACUCGUACCAGCCCAUGAUGGGUCUGGUGCAGCACCAGGGGUCGCCGGCGCAGUCGCGCGACAACAGCCUGACUAUGGGCAGCGCAGUCAGCCCGAUGGCGAUGGGUGGCGUGUACGGCUCGCUCGCUCCGCACGGGCUGUCGGCGAAUUCAACGCUGUACCAGGCAAGUAGCGCCGGCAACAACGGACUCGGGGGGUACCUGCCUCAGGAGCCCCAUGGGUUUGCAUCUACGCGGCGCUCCUCCUACAUAUCGGACCAGCUCAUCCAUGGCCAUCAGCAGUCGAUGCCGAUGCAGCACUUAUAUGACAGCAGCUGUCCUGCAGGCAACGCGCUCGCGUUCCACUCCCAGCACUCCUCGCACAUGCAGCCUACCCAGGGAGGACAAUCACAGGCGCAACAACAGGGUCAGUCGCAACCACGGUCGCAGUCGCAGCCGCAGCCGCAGGCGCAGUCACAGGUCCACAACAUACAACGCAGUAGACCACCGUACCCGCAGAAACACGCGAGUGUACCGCAGAUUAACUACUCGGCAGGCGGGGCCGUAUCGACUUCCGGCGCUGGCGACAGCUGCAGUUCUGCGACUAAGGUUGGCGAGCAGCAGGGCGGCACGUUCCCGCUCGAUAACGGACUUGUGCUCUGCAACGGGCUAAUUGUUUCUUCCUCAGAUCUGCGGCAGCUGUACCGCAGUAGCAGUGGCCACUACUUUUCAGCACUGGAGUGCUUCAAAUUCAUUGACAAUAUCAAGGACAUUCUCUUGGGUGACAGAUGCGGCACCGCAUCGGGCAGUUCUUCUCGGCAGCGCGAGAUGAUACUGAAGUUUGUGGGUUUCUUGAAGAGCUGUAAUUUAAACUAUAACCCACAAUCAGAUGCUUUUGUCUCGAGUUCGCAACAUAGGCGGUCCUCCACAAGUUCUUACCUCCAUUACAAGCCCUUAGUUCUGGUGGCUCUCAAGAAUGGGAAGUUGGAGCUGUUAUCUCUUCCUCAGUCGACCAACCUCAAUAUGGCCCGCGAGGACUUGGUGAUCAUUGAUGGCGAUCGGGGCAAAGACCUCGCAAUGGUCAUUGAACCGAAAGUCGACAUAGACUUAGCGCUCUUUAUUAAUUUCCUCAAGAAGAAGAUUCACUUUGACUCCCUCAUUACUGCGGUUGAUCAGCACUACCCCAAUGAACAUUUUAUACAGGCUCUUAUGGACAGCACCAACAACGGCUCCGGUAAAGACGAGCUCAACCACAAGCUCUAUGACGUUAUUGAGCUCACACAGCUCAUUAUUCCGAGUAAGCAGGUGCUGCGCUUUGCUACUCCCUGGGAGGUAUCCACCAAUUUACACAGCAAGUUUCAAGACGAACUGAAGGCGCUCCACAUUGCACAGCUGAAACUCAAGACCUUGAACAAUGGGACCGCUGCAAGCGGUGGCUCCGUUGCGUCAGCUGCCACGCAGGGCGCGCCCUCCUCCGCCUCCAAGUCCGCCUCCCACAGCUCCGCCUCUGCCCCAGGCAACAGCCAGAGCGCCCGUUCUCUAAACAUCAAGAUCCUCAACGCGGAGUUUCAGUUCGAUCGUAAGAAGUUGACUUUCUACUACGUGUGCCAGGAGCGCAAUGACUUCCGCGAGCUGAUCAAAGAACUCUUCAAGUUUUAUAAGACUAGGAUCUGGCUCUGCGCCAUCCCAAACAACCUGGGUGUUGACAAGAAGUACUAUGAUGAGCACAAGAAGGAAUGGGCCAUGUACCAGGAGAUGAUGAAGCACUAUGCCAACGAGGACCUUGUCGACACCAACAUGCAGGGCGGGUUUAUCGUCGCGCCGCCACUCCACGAAAUAGAGCUGGACAACUUCCAGCUCGGCGUCUACAAGGAGCUCGUAACUAGCAUGUUCCCCUGA